GACGCGGUGCGGGGGCGCGCGGCGCCGGCCAGUGGCAAAGCCAUGGCGGGCGGGGAAGACCUCGGGGAAGGGGAGCCGGUGUCUGUGGUCACCGUGAGGGUGCAGUACCUGGAGGACACCGACCCCUUCGCCUGUGCCAACUUCCCAGAGCCUCGCCGGGCCCCCACCUGCAGCCUGGACGGGGCGCUGCCUCUGGGCGCGCAGAUACCGGCGCUGCACCGUCUGCUGGGGGCGCCGCUCAAGCUGGAGGACUGCGCCCUGCAAGUGUCUCCUUCUGGAUUUUACCUGGACCCUGAGCUGUCCCUUGAAGAACAGCGGGAGAUGCUGGAGGGCUUCUAUGAAGAGAUCAGCAAAGGGCGGAAGCCUACACUGAUUCUGCGGACCCAACUCUCUGUGAGGGUCAAUGCCAUCUUGGAAAAGUUGUAUGGCUGCAGUGGCCCAGAGCUCCGUCGCUCCCUCUUCUCACUAAAACAGAUCUUCCAGGAGGACAAGGAUCUAGUGCCUGAAUUCGUACACUCAGAGGGGCUGAGUUGCCUCAUCCGUGUGGGCGCUGCUGCCGAUCACAACUACCAGACUUACAUCCUGAGAGCACUAGGCCAGCUGAUGCUUUUUGUGGACGGGAUGCUGGGAGUGGUGGCCCACAGUGAGACUGUGCAAUGGCUGUAUACGCUGUGCGCCAGUCUGUCCCGCUUGGUGGUGAAGACAGCCCUGAAGCUGCUGCUGGUGUUUGUGGAAUACUCGGAGAACAACGCACCGCUCUUCAUCCGUGCAGUCAACUCUGUGGCCAGCACCACUGGUGCUCUUCCGUGGGCCAAUCUGGUGUCCAUCCUGGAGGAGAAGAACGGCGCUGACCCUGAGUUGCUGGUGUACACGGUCACCCUCAUCAACAAGACCCUGGCGGCUCUUCCGGACCAGGACUCCUUCUACGAUGUGACAGAUGCCCUGGAGCAGCAGGGCAUGGAGACCCUGGUGCAGCGCCACUUGAGCGCCCUGGGCGUGGACAUAGACCUGCGAGCGCAGCUCGUGCUCUAUGAGAGCGCCCUUCGGUUGGAGGAUGGAGACAUUGAAGAAGCUGCAGCAGGCGGGCGGCGGGAGCGCCGAAAGCCUUCUUCAGAGGAGGGCAAAAGGAGCCGCCGAUCUCUAGAAGGCGGGGGCUGCCCCGUGCGUACCCCGGAGCCUAGCCCCGCAGGACCUGCCUCCAGCCCCGCGGGACCUGCCUCACCGACGGGCCCCGCCUCUGCGAGCCCCACCUGGCCGGCAGCCCCCGCCUCCAGUCCCGCCUCCCCGAUCAGCCCCACCCCCGGCAGGCCAGCCCGGCCCACGAGCCCCGCCUCCAGCCCUGUGAGCCCCAGCUCCGGCCUCCGCCCCUCGCUGAGCGUCUUUCCGACCCUCUCAGUGGCGCCCUCGGCGGCGGACAGCUGCGAGAGGAGCGUCUACAAAGCUCGGUUCCUGGAGAAUGUGGCAGCGGCAGAAACAGAGAAGCAGGCUGCGCUGGCUCAGGGCCGGGCGGAGGCACUGGCUGGGGCCAUACCUGAUGAGACUGAUGGGCACCCAGAUACCCGGGAAUUAUGGGGCUCCCCUGAGCUGGCCUCUGUACCCAAAACAUCCCAGAGCCCUGUCUCCCGAGUCCUGCUCCGGGCCCAGCGGAGUCUUGAGCCGGAGCCCAAGGAGCCACUAGUCCCACCAAGCCCCAAGGAACUCCCUACCCAGGAGCUCCCUACCCUUGUAUCCAAGCUCUGCAUUGGGGACCUGGACUUCUCAGAUCUGGGGGAGGAUGAAGACCAGGACAUGCUGAACAUAGAGGCUGUGGAGGCUGACACAGGAAUCCCACCUCCACCACCCCCACUGCCCCUACUCUCUGGAGGCCCCCCACCUCCACCACCCCUACCCCCUCCACCCCUACCCCCUCCACCCCUACCUCCUCCAUCCAUCAAAGGCCCAUUCCCACCACCUCCACCCCCAGCUGUCCCUCCUCCCCCCUCAGCACCUGACAGCCUAGCCCUUCCCAUCAAGAGGAAGACAGUAAAACUCUUCUGGCGAGAGCUAAAACUGGCUGGGGGCCAUGGAGGCUCUGGGAGCCGCUUUGGGCCCUGCCCUACCCUGUGGGCCUCGCUGGAACCUGUCUCAGUGGACACAGCCCGUCUAGAACACCUGUUUGAGUCCCGCGCCAAGGAUGUGCUGCCUUCCAAGAAAGCUGGCGAGGGCCGCCGGACCAUGACUGUAGUGCUGGACCCCAAGCGCAGCAAUGCCAUCAACAUUGGCCUAACCACACUGCCACCUGUACACGUCAUCAAGGCUGCCCUGCUCAACUUUGAUGAGUUUGCUGUCAGCAAGGAUGGCAUUGAGAAGCUUUUGACCAUGAUGCCGACGGAGGAGGAGAGGCAGAAGAUUGAAGAGGCCCAGCUGGCCAAUCCUGACAUCCCCCUGGGCCCAGCUGAGAAUUUCCUGAUGACCCUCGCCUCCAUCGGGGGCUUGGCUGCCCGCCUGCAACUCUGGGCCUUCAAACUGGAUUAUGACGGCAUGGAGCGGGAAAUCGCAGAGCCGCUGUUUGACCUGAAAGUGGGCAUGGAACAGCUGGUGCAAAAUGCCACCUUCCGCUGCAUCCUGGCCACGCUGCUAGCUGUGGGCAAUUUCCUCAAUGGCUCCCAGAGCAGCGGCUUUGAGCUGAGCUACCUGGAGAAGGUGUCAGAGGUAAAGGACACAGUGCGCCGGCAGUCACUGCUGCACCAUCUCUGCUCCUUGGUGCUCCAGGCCCGGCCCGAUUCCUCCGACCUCUACUCAGAAAUCCCUGCUCUGACCCGCUGUGCUAAGGUGGACUUCGAGGAGCUGAAUGAGAACCUGGGGCAACUGGAAUGCCGAAGCAGGGCAGCGGAGGAGAGUUUGCGGGGCCUGGCCAAGCAUGAACUGGCCCCAGCCCUGCGCACUCGCCUUAUCCACUUCCUGGGCCAGUGUGCCCGCCGGGUUGCCAUGCUGAGGGUGGUACACCGCCGUGUCUGCAACAGGUUCCACGCCUUCCUGCUCUACCUGGGUUACACGGCACAGGCAGCCCGUGAAGUGCGCGUCAUGCAGUUCUGCCACACGCUGCGCGAGUUCGCACUGGAGUACCGCACUUGCCGGGAACGGGUGCUGCAGCAGCAAAAGAAGCGCGCCACGUACCGGGAGCGCAACAAGACCCGGGGACGCAUGAUCACCGAGACAGAGAAGUUCUCAAGUGUGGCUGGGGAAGCUCCCUGCAACCCAUCUGUCCCAGUGGCAGUGGGCAGCGGGCCAGGCCGAGGUGAUGCCGACAGUCACGCCAGCAUGAAGAGCCUGCUGACUAGCAGGCCUGAGGACCCUACACACGCCCGCCGUAGCAGAGGCAUGGUCCAGAGCAGUUCCCCAACCAUGCCCACUGCGGUGGAGCCCUCCACUGCACCCCCAGAAGAACCCCCAGGCUCCAGUUCACCCAGUGACACUUCUGAUGAGAUCAUGGAUCUGCUGGUGCAGUCAGUGACCAAGAGCAAUCCUCGUGCCUUAGCUGCUCGGGAACGGAAGCGAUCCCGUGGCAACCGCAAGUCUUUGAGACGGACAUUGAAGAGUGGACUCGGAGAGGAUCUGGUGCAGGCACUAGGACUGAGUAAGGGUCCCGGCCUGGAGGUGUGAAGGUGCUCCCUCCGGGACACCAAUAUGGGCCCCGCCUGCAAUGAAAAAGACUGUAGAGUGAGCAGAGACCAGAGCAGAAUUCUGGGCCUCUUCUCAACUCCAGGGCCACUCAGUGGCCAGUACUUUGAGCAGUAUUACUUGUGUAUGCCUAUCUGUGUGUGUGUGUGUGUACGUGUGCCUAUGCACAUGUGUGUGCAUGUGUCAGUGCAUGGAAUAAAGUAUUUCCUGACAAUCCAAGAGUCUUUUUCCUCUCUCAAGGUACCCAACACGUGGGGUCUGUAAUAGGAGGAAAAUACAAACGACCGGCUCUUGCCUCACCCACCCCUU